ACAGUUAUGAAGAAUGCAAAUAGAAUGUUUCUAAUCCCCGAAGACAUUUAUAAAAAUAUAAUUGGGGGUUUCGAUGAAAAUCAAGAAUUACUUUCAAGCGGAGAUGGGACUGCUAUAGGUUUGAUAAAGGAACGUUUGCAAAAUACUAGUGCCAAUAAAGAAAUAUUAGAUCCUACAACAAGGGCAAUUCGUUAUGAACAAGAUUUUAAAAGGUAUAAUAAACUUUUAAAAGAGAAGGAGGAAAAACCUAUUGAUGUUAAAUUGAAAAAUUUUGAAGAAAUAGCGGAUGUGGUUUCAAAAAAUGUUGACCACAAACCUCAAUUAGCAGCAAUUGCUGAUCCUAUUAAAAAACCACCCCGUAAAGUUAUAAUAAAAAAGAAACUACAUAAAAAAUCAUUAGGUAAAGUUGGUAUAAGGAGACAAUAUCCUGUUCAAGAUAUUAAAGUUGAAGCUGAUGAAAGUGAGGUAAAAGAUAAAAGUGAUGAAGAGGAAGAUGAAUUUUUAUCGGCAGAUACCGAUAAUGAGCCUAGUCCAAAAGAACAAGCAUUGAAAUAUAUAAGACAACAUGCCGGUGAAUUAGGUGUUUUGCCAAAUGGAAAAUUAGCGAGAAAAAUAGGCAGCAAAGAUUCAUUCAUUACAAGUAAUAUAGAAGAUCUUAUAAAUCAUAUACUUAAAAAUAAGAAUAAGCGUAAAAGACCAAUUCCAACUGGUUACGACGAAUUUCUUCGUAGAAUAAAUAAACAUACAGUUUUACAAAAUUUGCUUUUUCCGUCGAAAACUACUAAUAAACAAGAAGGUGAAGGUGGUUGUUUCAAACAAGUAUUUUCUUAUAAACCGUCCUUAUGGCAGUAG